CCGUCUCAAGCGUUCCUGAGUUAGUUUGCCCGCUCGCUCUCAUCUACUGAAGCCUAAGCCGGCUACACCUUCCUCCUUCCUUCCGCCAGCAGCCGUGUCGUUGCGACUCCGCCACCAUGUUCGAGGUGCGCCUGGUCCAGGGCUCCAUCUUGAAGAAGGUGCUUGAGGCGCUUAAGGACCUCAUCAACGAGGCCUGCUGGGACAUCAGCUCGAGCGGCGUGAACCUGCAGAGCAUGGACUCGUCCCAUGUCUCUUUGGUGCAGCUCACCCUACGCUCCGAGGGCUUCGACACGUACCGCUGCGACCGCAACUUGGCCAUGGGCGUGAACCUCACCAGCAUGUCCAAAAUACUGAAAUGUGCUGGCAAUGAAGACACCAUUACACUAAGGGCUGAAGAUAAUGCGGACACCUUGGCACUAGUAUUUGAAGCUCCAAAUCAAGAAAAGGUUUCAGACUAUGAAAUGAAGUUAAUGGAUUUAGAUGUUGAACAACUUGGAAUUCCAGAACAAGAGUACAGCUGUGUAGUAAAGAUGCCUUCUGGUGAAUUUGCACGUAUAUGCCGAGAUCUCAGUCAUAUUGGAGAUGCUAUUGUAAUUUCCUGUGCAAAAGAUGGAGUGAAAUUUUCUGCAAGUGGAGAACUUGGAAAUGGAAAUAUUAAGUUGUCACAAACGAGUAAUGUUGAUAAAGAAGAGGAGGCUGUUACCAUAGAGAUGAAUGAACCAGUUCAGCUAACUUUUGCACUGAGGUACCUGAACUUCUUUACAAAAGCCACUCCACUCUCUCCUACAGUAACACUCAGUAUGUCUGCAGAUGUACCCCUUGUCGUAGAGUAUAAAAUUGCUGAUAUGGGACAUUUAAAAUACUAUUUGGCUCCCAAGAUCGAGGAUGAAGAAGGAUCUUAGACAUUCUUAAAAUUCAAGGAAAUAAAACUAAGCUCUUUGAGAACUGCUUCUGAGAUGCUAGCACAUACUUAAGUCUCUUUUGUCUUUGUACCUCUGAGUACAUAUGUAGAUACUGUUUUCUGUAAAUAACUUUUUUUUUUCUCCAUUCUCUACAGUUUGUUCAAAGAGUAAAGUCCAAAGUCAAAUCUGGUCUUGUUAACCUAGUAAUAACUUUGCCUUACCUAGGAAUACUCCUUAUAAUUUUUAUAAACAAGGGUUUUGACUCUAAAUGCAGUUUU